UUCUCAAUAUUUAGCAUGUGUGCUAAAUUGGUCCUUAAUAUUUCAACUAAAAAUGAGACCCACUAUCGGCGCCAGCAGCAGCAGCCCCUUGAUAGUAAUACAACUUGCCUCCGCUUGUUGGACUCCCAGCAGCCUGGCCUUGUGCUUCUCUCUCAAGAGUUGAUUGCUGCUCUGCUUUCUUGCGCUUUCUUUUCUUUAUUUCCUGCUGCUAAUAGAGGUGCCACAUAUCUCCCAGCGAUCAACUUUCAUCAUUUAUUUGCGUCUCUAUACGGGUGUUAUGAGGAGUACCAGGAAAGCAAAAUAAAGUACAUUGAUUUGAAUGUAUAUGAGAUUUUUUCUCUUUUUUUAUUGUUUUUCUGCUGA